CCCGAGAAGCAGUACACGGCCUGGAGCCGCAUGGUGCAGAACUGCGGGCUGCAUAAGGUCUGGCUGGAGAGGGACUCGCCCAUCACCCACAUCACCUUCAACCCCAAGAACCCCUCGCACAUCCUGCUCCACGACGUCUACAUGUUCUGCGUCCUCGACAAGUCCCUGCCCUUGCCGGACAACAGUGCCCUCCUGAUGAACCAGAGCACCCUGAAGCAGCUCCCAGAGACUGCCAGGCAGCGGCAGCUCCAUGCCUUCAAGAUCUGCAAGAAGUUCCAG